CCCUCGCGGAGUGAUUUAACCAGGACUACACCCAAGCGCUUGUCUCGCCGCAGCUGCAUUCUCUUGGUCGGCAGGUCUAGAAGAAAGCCGGGACUUGACGAAGCCGGGUGCUUUUUUUUUUCCAUCAACCCCCCCUCCGCUUGUUGGAAGCCAUUGAAGCAGCCUUCGCAUUCUCCAGCUUCCCUUCGUGGUUCGAGAGGCGUCUGUGAACUUGUCUUUUUUUUUUUUUUUUGUAUCUUUAGACUCAUCCUCAGAAAACAUGUCCUGGCAAUCUUACGUGGACAAUCUGAUGGCCGAUGGCAGCUGCCAAGACGCGGCCAUUAUCGGUCACAUUAGAGACUCCAAAUACGUCUGGGCGUCAUCUCCCGGUGGCGCGUUUUCCACCAUGACGGUGGCCGAAAUUGACGCGCUCAUGGGAAAGGACCGCGCGUGUUUGCUCACCUCUGGGCUGACCGUAGGCAAUAAGAAGUGCUCCGUGAUCAGAGAUAGCCUCCAAAAUGAUGGUGACUGGACAAUGGACAUCCGGACAAAGAGUCAAGGAGGAGAGCCCACAUUCAAUGUUUCUGUAGGCAGAGCUGAGAAAGUAUUGGUUUUGGUCAUGGGCAAAGAAGGUAUCCAUGGAGGGAUUCUCAACAAGAAAGCUUAUGAUAUGGCCGACUACCUGAGGAAGAUGGGAUAUUAAAGCAAUCUCCAACCACCCACCUACCCACCUACCAUCCAUCUGUUGCGAGUCUUAUUCUGGUAUUUUUUUUUUUCAAUUAAAGACACUCUACCAUUCCGUCGUUUCAUCAUUUUUUUGGUCACCUGUGUUGGAAACACAUACACAGGUCUCUACGUUCUGGCGGACUAAUACCUCAUCAAAAGUCCGAAAGAAGAGGAAGUACAUAUCUGGAAAAACAGCAAAGUCACUUCCCGGUUCUUCAAAAUAAAACCAAUACUUCAAAAAAAAAAAACAUAACACCAUCACACUAUUAUUACACAUCUACCGCCCUGUUGCAUUUCACACUUCCAGCCCUAGUUAGUCCCCCCCCCCCUUUUUCUGCCUUCUUUCCUCCCCAGCACACUUUUUGUUCCUCCUCCCUUCAAGACAUCACUUCUGUUCUCCACCAAGACCAGCAAAAAAAAAAAAAAAGCCAAACUUGAAAAUGUCUGGGUUUAUUUAGUCCACACGGCCAACAACGUCACGGCAUCUUCCUCCCCAACCUUCACGUCCCGGAAGAGACAGCGUGCUCGCCAUCUCGCUUGUGUCCCCCCCCCCCCCCCAAAAUUGAUGGUAGUCAAAGUGAGUGUGGGGGAGGGGCUUAUAAACCAGCUGGGCCAAUGACGCUGGUAGCUUCUCCGCCCCCACCUGUCCAAUCACAGCAACGGACAUUCCACGGUUACUGGCUCAGGCACUUAAUAUCAUGUUUGUUUUUUUGCCAGCUCCUGUAAUUAAUAUUGUUGCCAUUUCCCCCACUUUGUAUUUUUUUUAAAAAUAGGACCAAGUGUAGUCGUGUUGGUUCAACACCAAGUUGUACCGAUCACAUGCAGGGGAGGUGAACCACUUUCUCCUGCAUUUGAACGCCCUCCUGCUGUGUUGACAACUGAAACUGUGGAAUAAAUAAAAUUGCCUUCUGUCGUCGUCGCUGAGCCGCAACGUUUUGUCCUCGCUCACUAACGUCCAAGCGCUAAACACCUUUGGGAGACGGGAGUAAACGAUCAGAAAUUGUGUGCCAUAAUGUUAGAAAUCUCAUUUCAUUGGCACCCCCCCUUUUUAAUUUUUUUUUUUUUAAAAAGCUUCCGCUUCACUUCUAGGCCUAGAGGACAUUUGUACUCAUCAAAUCUGUUUAAAGUCUUGUUGGCUGAUUUAGUUUCUUGUAUCUGGGAUACAGUCUGUCAAUGCAUACCAACAACAAUGCCAUACCUUGUUUACAGACAGAUCUAAAUAAAUUUAUUCCAACCAGA